AUGGUGAUGGCGGUGGCCCAGUUUGGUCAUCACCAACUGGUGAUGGUGAUGGUGGUGGCCCAGUUUGGUCGUCACCAAUUGGUGAUGGUGAUGGUGAUGGCCCUGUCUGGUCAUCACCAAUUUGUCCUCAAGCUGACCUCUGCCGGCACGGCGCUGAGGUCUGAAGGCCAUCACCAUCACCAUCACCAGUUGGUGAUGAUCAAACUAGGCCAUCACCAUCACCAUCACCAAUUGGUGACCACCAAACUGGGCCACUACCAUCACCAUCACCAGCUGGUGAUGGUGAUGGUAGUGGCCCAGUUUGGUGGUCACCAAUUGGUGAUGGUGAUGGUGAUGGCCCAGUCUGGUCAUCACCAAUUUGUCCUCAAGCUGACCUCUGCCGGCACGGCGCUGAGGUCUGAAGGUUCCCUGGCAGCGAUGGAGGAAGGCGAGGACGCCCCGGCGGGGGAGAAAAGCCCCUCGGAGAGGGAGGGGGCCGCUUCGGACCGCGAGGGCUCUGCCGAAUGCGACGCCUCCAGCCCCCCCGGCAGCGAAGAGUCCAGAGAUGCCCCGGAGAGGCCGAAGGAGCUGGAGAAGCUGGAUCCCGGAGAAAACCAGCGGGAGCCAGACGCCUGGAACGGGCCAGAUGGGCUCUUGCAGAUGUUCGUCUUCAUCACACCCCGGACCUGCGUUCACCCCGGGCCGGAGGAAGAUGCAGCCGUGUCGCACGGUGAUGCCUCACCGGCACCGUGCAACCCCGCAGGCUUCGUCCCUCCCCGUGUGCCCACCCAGGACCCCCAGGAGGGGGAGAGGCGGGUGCGAACCCGCAGGAGCCUCCCCGAGGGCUUCUCCUGGGGACCCUUCCAGGGCAGCAUCCACAGCGAGCCGGCAUCGCCAGGGCACGGCGAGAUGGGGCAGGCGGGCUCCCGCAGCAACAGCAGCGUGCGGGCGCUGUCUGUGCACCCACGGGGCGUGCACACGCGUGUGCAAGCGCAUCCUCCGGCCAUCCCCAAUCACCACGCGGUGAAAGCGGAGCCCGGCGACUCGCCGUACCCGGCCGCGCUGCACUCGGACAUCCAGUUGCUGCCGCAGCAAGCCGGCAUGGCCGCCAUCGCCGUGGUUAACAAGGACGUCUUCCCAUGCAAGGACUGCGGAAUCUGGUACCGGAGCGAGCGCAACCUGCAAGCCCACCUGAUGUACUACUGUGCCAGCCGGCAGAGCGCCGGCUCGCCCGCCUUGGAGGAGAAGCCCAAGGAGACCUACCCCAACGAGCGCGUCUGCCCCUUCCCCCAGUGCAAGAAGAGCUGCCCCAGCGCGAGCUCCCUGGAGAUCCACAUGCGGAGCCACAGCGCCACGCGGCCGUUCGUCUGCCUGAUCUGCCUGUCCGCCUUCACCACGAAAGCCAACUGCGAGCGUCACCUGAAGGUGCACACGGACACCCUGAACGGCGUCUGCCACAGCUGCGGCUUCAUCUCCACCACGAGGCCACCGCCCGGCCCCGACGCCGCGCCCCCCCCGGCACCGCCCGCCUCAUCCCCCAACGCCAGGGCCGGCAAGCUCUCGCCACCAGCCCAGCCGCAGAAUGGGGAAGGUCCAUCCUCCUCCUCCUCCUCCUCUUCUUCCUCCUCCUCUGGCGAGGCUGUCCGCGUCAAGGAGGAGCCCGCCGGCAGCCCGGUGAGCGAGGCAGAGGUGCCAAAAAGUGGCGGCCCCGGGGAGGGGGGCGGCAGCCCUGACACCUGCUCCCGGACCUCAUCCCCCCGCAGCCUGCCCUCAGCAAAGGUCAAGUCAGAGCUCGCCAGCCCCACGCCAGGCUCCAGCCCAGUGCCCAGCGAGCCGGGGCUGGGCACAGCCGGCGGCACCGUCUUCCUACCCCAGUACGUGUUCGGCCACGAAGCCGCGGUGGUGCCGCAGGCAUCGGAGAUCCUGGCAAAGAUGUCGGAGCUGGUGCACAGCCGGCUGAAGCAGGGCCACGGCGGCACGGUGCCGCCUGCCAUCUACACCGGCACGCCGGUGCCCAAGGGUGCCACAUGCUUCGAGUGCGAGAUCACCUUCAACAACAUCAACAACUACUACGUGCACAAGCGCCUCUACUGCUCCAGUCGGCACCUCGCAGAGGACAGCCCCCCCGGGGCGCGCAAGCUCAAAGCCCCCCCCGGGGCACCCAAGGGUCCCCCCACCCCGGGGACGCUGCUGUCCCCCCUGGCGGGCGACGGGCAGGGGACGCCGGCAGGGGAUGGGGACGCCAGCAGGGAUGCCACACCGCCGGCCGCUGUGCCCGGCCCCGUGCCCAACGGCAACCACAGGUACUGUCGCCUCUGCAACAUCAAGUUCAGCAGCCUCUCCACCUUCAUCGCCCACAAGAAGUAUUACUGCUCCUCCCAUGCCGCCGAGCACGUCAAGUAA